CUGGUGAAUCAUCCCAAGAGAAAGGCGGAGCAGGAGAUCCCUCUCGUUUUGUCAGCCGAGCUCAAGCUUGGGACUUCUGUUAUGGUUGUCUCUGACCGCACUGAUGACGCCUCUGCUAUGGAAAUGGUGAAAUCUGUUGUGUUCUGCCUGAAGACCAGUAAUGUUGAAGCUGCCUUCGCCAAAGCAGUGGCUUCCGGUGCUGUUGCCGAAGGCGAGAUCUCUGAGGGUGAAGGCGCGUGUUGCGGUGGGCGCGUGGGGAAGUGUUCAACUGAGCAUCUCAUCAAUCUUCCGAUUCCGGCCAUGGCGGGAAUCUACGCUUUCAAAUGCCCGUGUUUCCGGCCACCGUUCUCCACCCUUCCCCAACGUUCAAACCCAUUUCAAGUCCCGCGGCUAAAAUUUGCAACAACCCGACCCUCAACUUUCCACAAGAUAGACGCUUUAACAAGCAAUGAUAUAAAGGUGGGCCUCAACAUUGAAGUUGACGGGAACCCAUGGAAGGUUAUUGAGUUCCUCCAUGUCAAACCUGGGAAAGGGGCAGCGUUUGUCAGGACAAUGUUGAGGAAUUAUGUAACUGGAAAUCAAGUUGAGAAGACUUUCCGAGCUGGAAGCAAGAUUGAAGAGGCCGACAUAUUAAAGGAAACCAAGCAAUUCAGUUAUAAGGAUGGCGCUCAGUAUGUUUUCAUGGACUUGACUACCUAUGAAGAAUAUCGUCUCAACGAGUCUGAUGUUGGAGAUAAAUCAAUGUGGCUGAAAGAAGGCAUGGACUGCAAUUUGCUGUUCUGGAAGGAUAAGAUCAUUGAUUUUGAACUCCCCAACAUAGUGAAAUUGACUGUGGUUCAAGUUGAUCCAGGUAUAAAGGGUGACACAGUUCAAGGAGGAUCUAAGCCUGCUACACUUGAAACUGGUGCUGUUGUUACAGUCCCAUUGUUCAUAAACAUUGGCGAUGAAAUCUUGGUGGAUACAAGAACUGGGCAGUACACGAGCCGUGUAUAGCCUACUUUUAUACCAUUUUCUAGGAGUGUUUUAUGGUUCUUGAAACCCCGGCAUCUUCUUUACCAUUAUUAUCUGAGAACUGUCCAUUAGAUCCCGUGUAAAAUGCUCUUAUAGCUACUCCAUGUAAGAGAGAAUCAGAUUUGAAAAAUUUUAUGUUUUGUUACAAUGUAAGUGUGUAAUGGAUGAACACUUGAUGUACGUAGUGGAACAAAUUUGCCAUUGCCAACUUAUUCUCUGAAUCUAUGAAGUUGAGAGAAACCGAUUGAAUCGCAACAUCAUGUUUGUAGCAUAUUAGCAUUGUUUAUCACAGCUGCACCAAUCGCCCGGAAAUACCUAAAGUUUAUGAGAUUUUAAUGUACAAAUGUUAUAAUGACCCUUGUACAGUCAAAUAUUGAGGCUUACUCUUGGGUACAACCCCUCUUUUUAGUGCCACACUGUAAACAUUACAAGCAUCCAUCAACCUUCCUAGUCGUCCAACUCAUUGAUCAAGAAAUCAAAAACUUUUAAUGUACAAAUGUGAUAAUGACCCUUGUACAACCAAUUAUUGAGGCUUACUCUUGGUUACAACCCCUCUUUCUAAUCGAUUCAACUCAUUGAUCAAGAAAUCAAAAGGAAUCCCGUUAGGCUUCCUAUUCACGUGCAUUAGCAUCAAAACUCUCAACGCCUUAUCAACCUCUCCUACACCACAAAGACCAUACAUGACAAAGUUGAAGGUGAACGUCUUGGGCGAAUAUCCAACCCUAAUCAUCUCAUUCAAAUUCUCGAAAGCGCUAUCCAACUCUUUCCCGUUGCAAAAUGAUUCGACCACCAAAUCAUACGUACAAGCAUAAACGACAUAAUUCCCACUCCUCAUGUGUUCAAACACACGAUAAGCUUCUUUAAGGCGCUCUUUCUUCUUCCUCGCUUGCCUGCACAAGCCUCUCAACAAAGUGUUCAUCAUCCUCUCGUCCACCCGAAAGCCCGUCUCGACCAUUUCCUUGUAAACACUAAGAGCGGCUUUAGUUUUACCCCAUUUCAACAAUCCGUGCAAUAACGUGCUAUAGAUAAUGUAGUCGGGCUUGCAGUUCCUCUCCCUCAUCCGCAGCAAAAGCCCGAACCCACAUAAAGGCCGGCCCUCUUUGAAAUAGCCAUUGAACAAAGUGUUGUAAGUGACAACGCUCGGCGUUAACUCCAUUUCUAGGGCUUCAAUUAACAAAUCUGUUGCCUCUUUCGACCGGCCCACCUUACAAAGCCCAUCCAUCACGGCUGUGUAGGUGUACAUAUCAGGCUUCAAGGAUGACUUCUUGAUAUUCUUGAUCAAGUCAAGAGCUUCCUCGACUCGGCCCACGUAGCAGAUCCCCUUCAGGAGGCAGUUGUACGUGUUGAUCGUGGGUCUGCACCCUGUGCGGGACAUUACGUCGAACACCUCAAGUGCGUCUUUAAUUCGACCCUUUUCGCAGAAAGAGUUGACGAGUGAGGUGAAAGUGGCAACAUCAGGCCCGAGCCCGUUUUCCACGUCGUGGCCCGGAACAGUUUUCGUUUCAGUAGACCCAUUUGAUAGGUCGAAAGCUUUUGCCUUUUCCGGCGAGGAUACUGUUAGAGCGGGUUCGGGAUAAUCUCCGACUUCUUUGAUCGGGGCGGCGCGUACGCGGAGCUCGCGGCGGACGAUAGAGAUGCCGGUGAACGGGAGAAAGCAGUUGCCGGAGGUAAAUGGCGCUGGCGGGUGCAGAAAAGUGAAAGCUUGGUGGUAAGGAGUGUUUGUGACAGCUUGCAUAUCGAAUCUCUUGAAUUAUGCCUAUAGAAUCUGUUGAAUUAUGCCGGAGUUUUAACAGUAUGACCCAUUGCUUUUAUCGUUGAGAAGAUAAAAUGAAUCUCUUGAAUUAUACCGUAGAUUUAGCAGUUGGAACCAUUGCUUAUU